AUGUCAAUCAAGGAGGGGAAAGAGUUCAAGGUCAGCAUCAAACCCAAGGACGACUGCAACUCCUUCGCCAUCAACAUCGGCCAUGACUCGGACAACAUCGCCAUGCACUUCAACGCCCGCUUCGACCACUGCGGCGACGUCAACACCAUCGUCUUCAAUUCCCUGUCCGGGGGAUGCUGGGGGGAUGAGCACCGCGAGGGAAACUUCCCAUUCGUACGUGGGGAGGAAUGCAAGUUUCACAUCAACUUCAACAAUGAGCAGUUCUACAUCAAGCUCCCCGAUGGCUCCAUGCUGAACUUCCCCAACCGACUGGGAGACGUUAAGUACAGCUACUUCGACGUCAGCGGAGAAGCAAGGAUCAUCGGCAUCAAGCUCAAGUAGAAGUUCAACUCUUCUGAGCCCUCCACCUUUUUAUGUGUCGCUUUAAUGGUGUGUUCUCCAACAGUGAAGGCAGGCCCAGGCCUCCUGUUGUAAUAAGAGAAACCGGCCUACA